GGCUGCUUUGUCGCUCUCAGGGGCGGAGCUGGCGGCGGGAGCCGACCCGGAGUUGGCGGCCACCAUGGGCUUCUCGGGCUUCGGGAAGAAGGCGCGGACCUUCGACCUGGAGGCGCUGUUCGAGCAGACGCGCAGGACGGCGGCAGAGCGCAGCAGGAAGGUCCUGGAAGCUCGUGAAAGAGAGGAGGAAGAAAAAGAAUUUAAAGGCCAAUGUGAUGAUUCAGCAGCUUCAGGCUCAAAUGUGGUGAGCGCUGGUUCUGCAGUAACUUUCAGAGAUACAAAUAGUAAUGAAAGUGAAGCUAGCUCAGAUGAAGACUUAAUUGGUCCUCCUGCACCAUCCCAAACUGCUCUUCAAGGCCCAGCGGUGUGUUCCGAUGAUGAUGAUGAUGAAUUAAUUGGACCACCACUUCCACCUGGCUACAAGAACAGUGAUGAUGAAGAGGAUGAUGAUGACGAUGUGCAAGAGGAAGAUAAUAUUCCUUCCAGAAGACUGUAAUGGCACUUAAUAACAAGCAUGGGAGUUAGAGGUACAGUCGCUGAAUCAGAACUUCCUGGACCUUAAAUGCUAGAGACUACAAGUGGGAGAGGAGCAAACCCUGGCCAUACCCAUUUUACUCUCCCUUUCAGCAUCCACUCUGCCACAGUGUGAUACAGGAUACUAGGCAAAUUGGACCUAUGUUCUGGCCCAGUAAAUGUGGUAGUUCUUGUGUUCACUCUAUAGAAAGAAAACUAGGCUGUUCUUGCAGAUUUCUUUUACUUUCUUUAAAUUUAACUUCAGUUUUGUUUCUAGCUCUGUCUACAUGAUGAAUACAAAAGUCACAGUACCUGUGAAAUCAUUUCUCCUUAUUUAUUUUCAGUGGCAUUUAUUUGGGAAAGAAUUAUAUACACCACUUCACAAGUAAGGGGGCAGAAGCCCAGAAGGCAUUAUUUGGCCAAAAAUACAAUGUACAGUAAAAUCUCUGUUAUCCGGCUUCCCCAGGGGUAAGGGGAUUGCUGGUUAUGGAAAAACUGAUUAUCUGAAAUAACCCAGCAGGGUUUUCAGAUAAUGUGGGGAGGGGAGGGGGUGGCAGUAGCUGCAUGCAGAGCAGCGGCAGCUGCAGGUUGCAGUGUAGAGUGGUGGCGGACUGGUGCUCAGCACAGGGCAGUGCAUGCGGAGCGGCUGCAGCACAGCCAUCGCGAGCAAGUUCUCCUCUUCCCCUCGCCCCACGUCCAGCGGAGCAGAUGGAGGGGUGAUGGGGUGUAAAAAUGGCUGCUCUAGGAAAAAUAUAACCUGGGAACAAUCAUGGUUAAAUUACUUCUUGGAGAGUUUCUCCUGGACUAACAAAUAUCUGUACAUGUUGACAACACAGGCUAACCAUGGGCAGUCUGGUUUAGCCAGUUAGAGCUACCCUGUGCACUGCUGUCAUCUGUUGCCAGGUAGACUAAAGGAGUCUGCAGACCAUGUUGCGAUGUGCAUGGGGCCCCACUCUGGCUGAACAAUGUCAGCACUGCAAAGCUGUCCACCCUUCAGGACCUCAGCAUUCAAAUGUCUUUACAUGUGGCUCUGACUAAGUUUUUCUACCAUAAGAACAAACCUGGGAGAAUUCUCUCAGAUUAUUUGAAUGGGUAUACAUAGCAAGAUUUGGUUUAAAUUAAUUUCAGGCUCUGUGUUGACUGACACCAAAAAUCCCAUUUACUUCGAGUUGGAACGAUUUACUUGACAUAUCUUUGUGUCCACUGCUGUGUAUUGACAGGUUUCACUUGCUGUGCAACAGACCCUAAUGCCCAUCUGCAAUUCUUCCCCUGAAUUUCAGGCUUUCUGCUUCCUCCAGACUUUAGGAAGUCUUUCUGUAAAUGUUGUGGCUGUACUAGAAACUUUAUCUACAAACAAAUAAAGCAUAAAAUUAUUAGACUUACCUUUACUGUCUUUGAAACUAAAAGCGUUGAUGCCAAGAGAAGAACGUUUUUAUUUCUGUGUAGUAUUGGAAUUUUAAACAACAAAUGAUGAACAGUUAGGAAAUGAGGAAAUAAUAGGUAUGGUUUUUGGGAUGUCUCAGAUGGACAUCAGAUUAACAGAAUGUUAACAGGAGGGUUAGGUGACACUUCAGGUUGAGA